CGUACGCCGUAUUCUUCACAUGGUAAACCGGUCCACCAGUCCACCAAUCCAUCCUCUUCUCCUUCCUCCUCCGCAGCCGCACCUCGGCCCCGCAGGGGGCCCCGCAUGCCACGGCGCGCAGGGCGGCGAACCCUCUCGGCCGCCUGCGGCUGCGCUGCCCUCGCGGCCCGUGCGCUCAGGCCGCCCGCCCUCGCGCGCGGGCCCGCUGGAGCCUCGCUGCGCCCCAGCCUGUGGCCAGGGCGCCUCGGGCCGCGGCGCUCCACGGGCAGCUGCCCGUCGCCGCCCCAGGCGGGCGUCCGCCGCGGGGCCAUGGAGCGCGGCCUGGUGUCCUGCGAGUGGCUGCGCGCGGAGCUGGGCCGCGAGUACACGGAUGAUGAGAUCACCUCCGCGCGGGGUCCGACGGAUCUUCCGGGCUCGCCCUUUGCGGGGCCAGAGGGCUCCAGCGGUGCACAGGCCGAUCACAUCGCAGGCCCGCGCCUGCCCGGCGCGGUGUUCUUCGACAUCGACGGGGUGGCGGCGCAGCACCCCGCCGGGCUGAAGCACAUGCUGCCCAGCGAGGAGAUGUUUGCCGCGGCGAUGGCGGCGAUGGGCAUCACGCCUACGACGCGGGUCGUGGUGUACGACCGGCACGGGGUCUUCUCGUCUCCACGCUUCUGGUGGACGCUGAAGCUCGCCUUCGGGCACCCGGCAGGCGUCGCCGUCCUCGACGGGGGCCUCCCGCGCUGGAAGGAGC